CGAUGAGCUUCAUCUCCGUAGCCGUCUGCCGCUCGGUUAAACCCUUAAACCCCAAAACGCCGCCGUCUGGUAUCGCCUAUUAACAAGCCCUGCGCCGUUUACAGUCAAGUUUCCGAAACUCUAUAGCAGCAGACUACAGCGAACUCCAUCGACCAAACAUUGCCAUUGAGACGAUUCGAAAGCUCAAUGGAGGACGACGGGUCGUAUAAACGGGGUAGGAAGAAAAUGGGUAUGUCUAGGAAGCCUGAAAAACAAGGUCAAGGUCAAGGUCGGUCCUUUGAUGCUGGUGUUAGUAAAACUGCAUCGGGGCGGGGCUCGAAUCGGGAGAGCUAUUCGGCACCGCAGACUGUUGUGAGGAAACAGGUUGACCCCGAAACCGCAAAGUACUUUUCGGAGAUUGCUAACCUUUUCGAGAGUGAUGGGAUUGAUAUUGAGGAGCGGUCGUCUUUAUGUAGUAAUGCACUUGAAGAAACUAGGGGGAAAGAGCUGGAGCUUGCGACGGAUUAUAUUAUUAGUCACACUUUGCAGACUCUCGUUGAGGGCUGUGAAGUCGACUGUCUUUGUGCUUUUCUCCGGAGCUGUGCGAAGAAUUUCCCUUUGAUUGCAAUGGAUAAGUCUGGAUCUCAUGUAGCUGAGUCUGCCAUCAGGGCUUUAUCUAAGCAUCUUCAGGAGAGUGACGCGUAUGCUGUUAUUGAGGACACUCUAAAUACAAUCUGCAAGGUGAUUGUGAAGAAUCCUGUUGAUCUGAUGUGUGAUUGUUACGGAUCUCAUGUUCUACGAAGUCUUCUCUCUCUUUUUAAAGGAGUGCCAUUGGAUUCUUCUGAGUUCCGAAUGAGGAAGUCAUCUUCUGCCCUACCAGAACGGUUUAAUUUCAAGGCACCUCUAUCAGACACAGAUGUUUCACCACAUGUUAGACCUGGAUUCCCGGAUUUACUUAAGUUUCUUGUUUCCGGGAUGUUAAAAUGUGCUCGAAACAACAUUAAAACCCUUCAAGUUGAUCAGUACAGCAGUUUGGUUCUACAGACUACUCUGAAGUUGUUAGCAGGGGAUGAAGAAGAGCUGUUGCAAAUAAUUCCCAUUCUUAUUGGAUGUACCAGGGAAGAUAUUGUAGAGGAGAACUCCAUUGAACCAACUAUCGUGAGAGAUGUUUUAGGUUUGAUGAAAGAAACAGCAUUUAGCCAUUUAAUGGAGGUUGUUUUGGAAGUAGCUCCUGACGUCUUGUACAAUGGAAUCUUCUCAAAGAUCUUCAGGAACUCUUUAUUUGACCUUUCGUCCCAUCAUUGUGGGAAUUUUGUCAUCCAAGCACUUAUUUCUCAUACAAGGGAUCAGGAUCAAAUGGAGAUAAUCUGGGAGGAACUUGGUUCGAAUUUCAAGGAUCUGCUUAAAAUGGGAAGAUCUGGUGUUAUUGCUUCGCUUAUCGCUGCAAGUCAAAGGCUUCAUAGUUACGAACACAAGUGUUGUCAGGCUCUUGCUGCUGCAGUAUAUUCAAGCAGUGAGUCUUCAACAUGCAUUGUUCCCCGUAUACUGUUUCUUGAUAGCUACUUCAAUUGUGAAGAUAAGUCUAAUUGGAGUUGGCCAAGCGGUGUUAAAAUGCACGUCAUGGGUUCUUUGAUACUGCAAGAAGUUUUUCGAUUUCAAAUUGAAUUUAUACAGCCUUUUAUUACAAGUAUUACAUCCAUCACAGCUGAUAAUGUCCUUGAAGCUGCUAAGGAUCCAGGGGGUGCUCGUGUUAUUGAAGCAUUUUUAAGUUCUAAUGCUUCUGCAAAACUGAAACGCCGAUUAGUUAUGAGGCUUCGUGGACAUUUUGGAGAGCUAGCAUUGCACUCGUCAGGUUCCUUUACUGUUGAAAAGUGCUUUACUACUGGUAACAUUUCACAGAGGGAAGCCAUAGUAUCUGAGUUGGUAGCCGUGCAAAGUGAGCUUUGGAAUACAAGGCAAGGUCCUCAUCUUAUGAGGAAACUAGAUGUUGAUGGAUUUGCUGCUAGACCUGAGCAGUGGAGGUCCAGACAAGAAUCAAAGCAAUCAACUUUGAGAGACUUUUCUGCUACAUUUGGCUCUAGUGAGACCAAACCAUCAAACAAUAGUGAGACUGAGCAAUCAAAGAAGAGCAGCUUUCUUUCUGAUGAUUAUAAGAAAAAAUCAAAAGUGGGAAAAACAGUUGACCAUCACCAGGCAUCUCCUGCACCAUUUUUGAGUACAACAGGCUUCAAACGCAAGCCCAAGGAAAAAGAACAGAGCAACAAGAAGUUUGCAAGAGUCUCGGUAGAUGAGGAUGUUUCUAAAGUGAAGAAUAAGUCAAAGAAGAAAAGGCAUGGUGACGAUGCUUUUUCUAAAUCCCCCAAGAAGUUGAAAGCAUGAAGAUGUGGAUGAUCUACUUCUGUCUAAUGUUGCAAAUUUUUGCCCGCCUCGGUGGAGGUAUAACCUAAUUAGAGAUUGAGAAUAUAUGGAGAAAGUUUUGAAAAAGAGAAAAAGCUUAGAAAAAGAAAGAAAAAGAUAGGAUGUUUGAAUAUGAACUGGAGUGUUUCUUUUUUGUUCUUGUUCCUGUUCUUAAAGUUGAUGUUGUUAAGGCAUAUGCCUUUUGUAACAUAAAGAUAUUCUAUAUAUACAUUCAAGCACUACAUUCAAGAAAAUUUGAAAUUUACAUUCAAAA